AUGAAGAGCUGGGACUCCGAAAUCAAUGUGAUUCAAUUGAAUGAAGGGCUGAGGGGAAAAGGCAAGCCAUCAGAUGGAGGCCGCAAACAGGAGUUUGGAGGCUGCAAACAGGAGUUUGGAGGCUGCAAACAGGAGUUUGGAGGCCGCAAACUGGAGUUUGGAGGCCGCAAACUGGAGUUUGGAGGCCGCAAACUGAGAGGUCUUGGAGGCCGCAAACUGACGUUUCUUCAGUUUGAUUUCAAAAGCUGCAACAUUAAAUUCGACGAGCCAAUCACAGCCAAGAAGAAUUUCAAAAAGCUAUCGCAGAAAUGA